GCGAUCCUACCUUCUUCCUUCCUCUAUCUCGAUCUCGGCGGAUUCAGUGGGUCUGUGUGUCAGAAUGGGUCACGCUGUGAGAGAAUCAUACGCGCGGGGAGCAGAGCGAGUGGAAUAGCGUGUAAGGUGAUAGGACGAGGAGAAGAAGCUCGGCCGCCCGUUGAACGGACGAGGAAGGCUGCGAGUUGUUUAGAGGCCUUUCGCAGGGGAGCCUGAGGGAAGCGAGGGGGAGCGCGUCACGUCACGUGUACCAUUGGUAGGUCCGCGGACUGCGUUGGCACAGCUCCUUACGUGGGAGACAACUCAGCCCGAUUCGCGAGGGAUGGCGGAUCGCCGGAUGGUAUAUAUUUGUCCGGGCUUGGUUCUUCUGUCGUCAGUCUCCUGUCGUGGAUCCUGGGCCCCGUGGAAGUGCUCUCUCUCUCUCUCUAUCUUUCUCUCUCUCUUUCUCUCUCUCCCUGAAUCCGCGAACCCAAUAUUCUUUCGUGGCGUUUCUCUUCCGCCGUGUCGUUGAUCCAUCAUUUUGUCGAUCGAAGAUUAUAUUAUAUCCGAUAUAUAUAAUAGAGAGGAAGAUGAUCGUCGAUCUAUUCAAGUGUGUGUCGAUCUUGUUGGCGUGGUGUGCGCUCUGCGAGGGGAUAACAGAGGUUAAUAAUAAUAAGGAAGAGGAGAGCCUGGUUGACAGGGGAUUCAGGACGAUGUACAGGGUGUACGAGGAUUGCCAGCAACGGAACAUAGCUGUGUCGCCGUGUCUCAAGAAGAAGGCGAUAGCGUUCUUCGAGAGGUUGGGCAGGAUACGUAGCCUCCCACUUUCGGAGAAUUUCGAGCUGAUCAGGAACACGGAUACCGAGAUACCGAGGAGCUCGUUCACCGAGUUGGAGACCACUUUGGGGAGGACAGCGUCGAGCAAGGAGGAGAUACUCAACGAGAUACUGUUCGACAGGGUUGCUUCGUUGUUGAACAGUUUCAACGUUCAGAUCAGAUUGCCAAGGACUAGCCCCGGCGAGUUGAAACGAGGUAUGGAGGAGGGACGUGGCAAGAUGAAGAAGAUGAUGGGAAUGAUGAUGAUGGGAAUGGCGAUGAAGAUGGCUGCGAUGAUACCCAUAGCCCUCGGGGUGCUGUUUCUGCUUGCCGGCAAGGCUCUGAUCAUAAGCAAAAUCGCCUUGGUCCUGUCCCUGAUUAUCGGUUUGAAGAAAUUGCUGAGCUCCAAGCAGAGCAACGAUCAUGGCGGUUGGCAGCAUGGAGGCGGUGGAGGUUGGGACAGGAGUCUGAAGAACGUUUUGAGCUCCACAGAGGCCACCACGACGGAACUGGCGCGAGAAUAUGCGCAGAACUUGGCCUACUCGGCGCGACAUCACCACUGAUCGUUGCGGAAAGAAGGGAAAGAAGGGAGAUCUUCCGGUUCCGGUUCGGCGUGCAUGGGCGCUCGAAUGACGUUUACUCCAGAUUCCAGGCCAACAGACGUUCCGUUCGCGUUUAUUGGAUUGUUCUCAGAGAGUGACCUCGCAACAUUUUCUUCAACAUAAAGAAAUUAUUGAUAAAGAAUCGAUGUAGAAACAAAUUCGUUAUUAUUGUUAUUGUUAUCGUUAUGAAUAAUUUCGUGGAAAAGAAUAAUUGCAGAGAAACUUACAGGUAUUUCGAGAUUCGUGUCUUUCUUCCAAGAAACAUUCAACGUCGAAUUAUUUAUAAAAGAAACAUUUAGAAAUUAUUGAAUUUUGUUACUUACUUUUUUUCGUACACGUGUCUCUUUCUACGAGAAACGAAAAGUUCUUUAACGUCUCUUGAUU